AUGCUGUCGACUCUGGUGAUGCUGAUGGUGGAUUCGGUGGCUACGAGCGUUUACACCAGCAGGCUAGACAAGCCACCACCGACUGAUGAUGUUGUUGCUGCGACUGAGGGAGAUCGCGAGGCAGGGAACGAUGUCAUGGAAGUGGGUGGAGCGGAUUUGGAGAGUAACGGUGAAGGUGGCGGCAGCCAUUUUCAUCACGGGCAUGGUUAUGGCCUUGGUGGUCAACAACGGAUGUGUUACAAAGUUAUUGCCUUGAUUUUCUCAGUUAAUGGUACAAUUUCAUUAAUGUUUUUGCAUGUAUUGGAAUUGGGAAUAGUUCUUCAUUCGGCGCUAAUAGGAUUAUCAUUAGAAGCGUCGAACAACACGUGCACAAUCAAAGGGUUAGUGACGGCCCUUUGUUUCCACCAAAUGUUCGAAGGGAUGGGCCUUGGUGGUUGCAUCCUUCAGGCGGAUUACAACUUUGCUAAAAGGAUGAUAAUGGCGUUCUUCUUCGCCACAACAACUCCUGGACUCCUGAAUGCUUCGGCAGCUGGGCUUUUGAUCUACAUGGCUUUGGUGGAUCUUCUGGCCGGCGAUUUCAUGGGCCCAAAGAUGCAGGGCAGUAUAAGCCUGCAAUUGAAAUCGUUUAUCGUCGUUCUGCUGGGCGCCGGAGGGAUGUCUCUCAUGGCCAAGUGGGCUUGA